AUAGUUCGCUGUCCCUCAACUUUUCCCUCGUUUCCCGUCGAGCCGGACGAUAACCGCCAAUAUGCCUGCUAAGGGUGCCUCGACCCGUCUCAACCCCGUCCGUUUGCAGACCAUUCCCCAUCUCCGGGUCCGCCGUCCGAAUCAACAUGAGCAGAAUCCCUGCGUGACCGUGAUGUCUACGAUGUUGAGCUGCUGGGCUUCGUCGGGGUUCGGUUCGGAGAACUGUGCGGCGAUUGAAUCGCAAUUGAAGAAGUGCAUGGAUCAACCGAAAUCGCAGGGCGAGAAGAAGAACACCAUCAACUACCACCUUAUGAGAAUGUAUCCGAAGGUCGUCGGGCCCCAGAAGAGGGAUGGCAAGCUUGGUUAAGCGAAUUCUUUCCGUUGGAUUUCUCCCUGGAAUGCACGGUUAUACGACGAUGGUUAUCGGUUAAACUGAAUGGUGGGGGGGAAACGUUCUAUUUUCGGAGUUUGGGUUUCCUUUUUUACGGUAUAUCAAAAGGCCAUGCUCUAGAUUUGAGGGCAUGUGGGUGUUUGCCAUAUGCUGGUCUGUACAUUAUAUGUGAUAUGUUUGAAAAGCUCAAUUUAUGAUCUUCAAGAACUCAUUGACU